CGUGUACAACCUCGGACCACCAUGUCUCUUCCAGUGGUGAACGUCAAUGUUAAUUAUGCAUCGGAACUCGAAACCAUCAAGAACUUUCUUGAGACCUUCGUAGGAUCGCCAGAGAAGGAUAUCAGCAGAGGUUUCGCGGAUAUUGCCCUUAGUGACGAUGAGGAUGAUAUUAUGGACAGUCGGGGGAAGAAUCUCAAGUAUAAGACACAACUGCAACGGAUAGCAAAUCGCGAGCAACAGAUGCUUAUUAUUGACCUGGAGGACAUUCACCAGCAUGAAGGAACUGUCUCGGAACUGGUUUCACGUAUACGGGGCAACACGCGCCGCUACACCAACAUCUUCUGUGAGGCUGUAGACCAACUCAUGCCCGACCCUACAAAAGACAUCAGCGAACACGAUGAAGUUAUUGACGUCAUUCUUCACCAAAGACGGGAACGUAAUGAGCAGACUGAGGGUUCCCAAGACGGUUUCCCCACUCACCUUCUGAGACGAUAUAACCUCUACUUCCAGCCUCUGCGCUCUGAAGUGGCAUUGGCUGUACGCGACGUCAAGAGCACAUCCCUCGGCAGACUCAUCACAGUUCGCGGUAUCGUUACGCGUGUUUCGGAAGUCAAACCGCUCCUUCUCGUCAAUGCUUACACGUGCGACGCGUGCGGGUCAGAAACCUUCCAGUCGAUAUCCAACAAGACCUUUACCCCGAUUCUUGACUGUCAGAACGAAAAUGAGUGCAAGAAAGACGGUAUCCACGGCUCGUUGCACAUGCAGACUCGUGCAUGCCGCUUCAGUCCUUUCCAGGAAGUGAAAAUCCAAGAGAUGGCGGACCAAGUCCCCGUUGGUCAUAUCCCUCGUACGAUGACCAUUCAUGUCCACGGAAACCUUACCCGCAUGAUGAACCCGGGUGAUGUGGUGCACCUCGGUGGUAUCUUCCUUCCCAUACCUUAUACCGGCUUCCAGGCUGUUCGAGCCGGCCUGCUCACCGACACCUACCUCGAGGUGCACCACAUCCAUCAGCUAAAGAAACAGUACAGCGACAUGGAAACAACUCCCCAGAUCGAGCAACAGAUCCGUGACAUGCAAGCGGAUCCUGCUCUGUACAACAAGCUUGCGCAGAGUAUUGCUCCCGAAAUAUACGGUCACCUCGAUGUCAAAAAGGCUUUGUUGUUGUUGCUUGUCGGAGGAGUUACCAAAACGAUGGGCGAUGGCAUGAAGAUCCGUGGCGACCUCAACGUCUGUCUUAUGGGUGAUCCUGGUGUGGCCAAGUCCCAGCUGCUGAAGUAUAUCUCCAAAGUUGCACCAAGAGGAGUGUACACGACUGGCAAAGGUUCUUCAGGGGUCGGUCUCACAGCUGCAGUCAUGCGGGACCCGGUGACCGACGAGAUGGUGCUAGAGGGUGGUGCACUCGUGCUUGCGGACAACGGUAUCUGCUGCAUUGAUGAAUUCGACAAAAUGGACGAAUCCGACCGGACGGCCAUUCACGAGGUGAUGGAACAGCAAACCAUCUCCAUUUCGAAAGCUGGAAUCUCAACGACUCUCAAUGCUCGUACUUCCAUCCUGGCUGCUGCCAACCCUCUGUACGGACGAUACAACCCUAAGGUGUCGCCCGUGGAAAACAUUAACCUUCCUGCGGCGCUCCUCUCUCGUUUCGAUCUCCUGUUCUUGAUUCUGGACAAGCCAACGCGUGAUGAUGACGAGCGGCUCGCCCAACACGUUACCCAUGUCCACAUGUUCAACGUGCACCCGCCACUUGAAUAUGCGGUCGUUGACCCCUUGCUCAUGAGGCACUACAUCGCCCGCGCACGCCAGAAGCGCCCCACCGUGCCCACCCAAGUCUCCAACUACAUCGUCGACUCAUACGUUCGCCUCCGCAAGAUCUCCAAAGACGACGCCGAGCAGAAGAAGUCGCACACGUACACCUCCGCACGUACGCUCCUUGGCGUCCUCCGCCUUGCGCAGGCGCUCGCCCGGUUGCGCUUUGCGGACGUUGUCGAGCACGCCGACGUGGACGAGGCGCUCCGCCUCAUGGAGUGCAGCAAGGAGAGCUUGAACGACGAUGACGAGCGCGAACAUGAGCCCGAUCGGUCGGCGGUCUCUCAGAUCUUCAGGCUUAUCAAAGGCAUGGCAAACGAGGGCGGGCGCAAGCGCCGUAAGAGACCGCGUAGGCUCGGAAAGGGUCCUGGCGGACAGCGUGACAUGGACGUGGAUUCUGAUGAGGACGAUGAGGAUGAGUAUAAUGAUGGCGAGCUUCCGCUUAUCGACAUUCGUUCGCGAGUCCUGGGUGCUGGCUUCACAGAAGUCCAGCUUAAUGAUACCAUUGCAGAGUACGAAGCCAUUGACGUUUGGACAAGAGUUGCGAACGGCGCCAAACUCCGGUUCAUCGAUGUUUGAACGCUACUUACGACAUUAGUUCAUUUACUACUCCAAAAUCUCAUGCUGUCUUCCUGCUUUCCAGACCUGUAUAAUCUAUGAUUACGAACCCCUUCCUGUUGAUAUAUAGAUACUUGGUAUAAAUAGUGUAAUCCCUCAACCCAGUAUCCAGAGGAAACUGAAGUCUACCGCGUCUGUGACGCGUGCUCCCAACUCCCAGACCCAGAACCACUGCCGCUGGCACUGGCAGGGCUCCCAGACCUGCCUGGUGAACGCUCAUCCUCGGGCUCGUCUCUAUACCGCGACGGACCGGGCCCGGUAGCUGAGGCCGGAUCAUCAUCAUCCAAAAAUCCAGCGUGAUAUCCAAGGCCUUCUGAGCUCGUUGCCUGUGGCUUGAGCCCAGUCUCCUCGUCCGCGUCGUCAUCCGAAACCUCGCCAAACGCAUCAUACAACUCCUUGGCCCUUGGCCUGCCCGUGCCGCCCGAGAUGCCGCUCAUUGGGACCUCAUCGCCGGCGAGGGAUGUGUACCGCGCCCGACGCUGAGCAACACGACGGCGCCAGAAGAACACGCCUGCUCCGACGCCGAAGAGGACAACGGCGCCGACGGCGCCAAAGAACCACUUCUGGUUCGAAACGAGGUUCGACAUGUCGGAGAACCAGCCUUCGUCCGGAGUUACACUCACGCUCGGCGCAGAUGGGUCGGUCUCAGCGUCAUCUUGCUGUUCGCCAGGACCGCCAGGGAAUGCAGGGUGCUUGUUCUCUCCCUCCGCGUCGCCGUGAUCAUCUGGCAGGCCCGCAGUUGGCUUGGGAUGCGUCUUUGUGUUCGUCGGCGUGGGCAUGUCGGUAGCGUCAUCUUCAGGUGGUGAAGGGAGAAGGUUUUCGUUGUUAGGAAGAACGUAUUGUUUAGCCUUGGAGGCGUCGAUUGUUGAUCCGAAAAACAUCAUCCGCCAGCCAAGGAACGUCCCGUUUUGACCGGGAUCAGCCUGGUCUUUGACACGAAUAAUCCAGUCGCCCACCGGGUUCUCGCCCCAAUGCUUAACAGACAUGAAGCGCCAACCAGGGUACCCUGACUUUGCAAAGUCCUUGUCUCGCUUGGCAGCCAAAACACUACGAAUGCCACUGGGGCUGGUGACUUCAACCUCUACAUCACCACGCUUCGUAUGCUCAAUCCAUACACGAACAGUAAUGUGCUCCAGCGACUCGAAAUUGUGUUCCUUGAGCAUAUCCUGAGUGAUCGUCAUCGUGCUCUUGAGGCCGUUCUUAGGGAUAAGCUGGCCGCCAGACAUCUUCUCGUUUUCAUCCAUAGUGCCGUUAACGACUUGAAUGGCAGGUGGCUCAAACCACGCUUGGGGCUUGACAAGUUCCCAGUCUUGCGCUGCAGUAACAAAUGCGUAUCCGUUGAUAGCGCCAUAACCGUACUUGUAGCUGAACUGUUUGCCGAUGGCAGUAGACUCCCAAUCUGCAUCCUCCAAGUUAAUCAUUUGUGCAGUCUGUACGCAGAGGUGUUGAAUGUCGCGCCAUGUCAAAUCGGGGCGAGCUUCCAAGGCGAGAGCGAAAACUCCAGCAGCAUUAGGAGCCGCUGCAGAGGUACCACCAUGGGUUGUUGCGCAGGCUGUUUCACCUACGUCCGUGGUAACGAUGGAAUGCCCGCCUCCAGAGCUAUAUGCUACCACCAUGUUGGCAGCACAAGCCUCCGAGUAGUACGGAUGCAUGCCUUUAAAAUCAACAGCUGAAACCGUUACAGAGUAUAUACUGUUUGUGUAGCCAUCAAAGUUACACUGGUCGCCGCUCGCGGCACCAUUACCACUUGCGAAGACGAAGAUAGAGCCUUUUCCGUCUCUUCCGUUGACAACACCGUUGACCAUAGCCUUCUGGAUGAGGUAUCCUGGUGCCUCCAUUGACCUGCCGUCAUCGGGUGGUCCCCAGCUGCAUGAAUAGAUGGAGGCAUUCUGAUAUCCGUAGUUCAGGGAUGCGGCUUCAUCUAUAUCCGUGAUUGGGCCAGAGAGAAUGCGCAACCCGGCAACUUUGGAUUCGUAGGCGAUGCCGACGCCGCAAACAUCGUUCUUCGCGGCCGCGAUCUGACCAGCGCAGCGUGUCCCGUGACGGUCAUCACUCAGCAUAGGAGUCGGUAGGUCUACGUGGUCGUUGUAAUCGUAUGAGUUAGCGGCGUCAAAGUUAGGUGCUAGGUCAAGGUUGUUAUAGUCGAGACCAUCGUCCACGAGAGCAGUCAGAACGCCCUUGCCAGUGAUUCCCAUCUCCCACACUCCCGUAACGUUCAUCAUGUGUUCAGGAUGCUCAUCGUUGAUGAUGUGCCACUGUGAGGGGAAGAGGGGGUCUACGUAGCCAUGCUGGUCUGCAUAACUUUCUGAUAGCGAUGGGCCAGGGACGGGAGGAGGAGCUCGUUGAAGGAGGCUGUCGUCCCGUUUUGCCCUCUGACGGGGCUCUUGCGAGGAGAAGUGUUUGAUGGAGGAAGCUAUGCGCCUGCGCCGAUGCUGCUCGUUGCUUCGCGGGACGGGGGCAGAACGUAUUGCACGGAGGGAGUUCCACCUGUUGACGACAAUAUUACGAGAGGUUCUUGGGACACUUCUUGAAUGAAGCUUUGGAGAACGGGCGACCCAGAAAUUAGGGAGCUCGUCGACUUGUCCGACGAGCUCUACGCCGAGCUCGUGUGCGCAUUCGGAGAGGGUCGCGAGGCCAUUAGGGUCAUGCUCAAUAACAUAAUAAUCGUGAGUAGAAUAUGAUCGUUUUGCGUUGUCAGUAGCGAGCGAGAGAGUCGCGCAGACGGCGAGGACGAGGGACAAAGGGAGCCGCAUUGGAAGCGGUCGUC